AAAAAUCAAAAAGAUUUAUUUGGAUUUUUUAAAAUUAUGAGUGAAAAUAUUGAAAGCGAUUGCCUUAAAAUACUAAGAGGUAUUAAAUAAAAUUAUAGCAAUCAAUCAAAUAAUAAUUUUAUGUCUUUCUAGCGAGAUUUAUUAAAUUAUUCUUUAGGCAAACAGUUUUUAAAUGCCGAUUAGCUUAGUUCAUAUUUAAAAGAUAGAAAAGGAAAUAUUACUGAUGAAUAAAUAUUAUUUAUUUUGCAAUAGUUUCCAAAGGAUGAAAACAAUAAUUAUUAAAUAUCCUCUAUCUAGAGUGUUUUUAACUAAAUUAGCAGCAAAUAUCCUUCUUUAAAUCCUAUUAAUGUUGCUAAUGUUUAAAAUAGUAAUUCGCCUGGUAAAUUGUUUCCAAACGCUCAACUUAAUAAUCAAUAAUUACAAAAUAACUUAAGCUAAUAAAAUGAUAAAUAAAAUAAUUAAUAAAACUAAGACAAAGUAUUUAAUGAUAUUAUCUUGAUUAAUGAAGAAUCUGAUGAUGAAGAAGAAAAUAAAGCAAAUGAAAGAGAUUAAAAUAAACAAAAUUUAAUUGGUAAAAAAGAUAAAGUAAUAUUCAAUGAAAAUGAAAAAAUGAUUUCAGAAGACAGCUUUGAAAGUUUAAACUAGAAAUUAGGAUUUUUAAAAGAAUAACACAUUAAAAAAGCUAUAAAUUUGAAUGAUAUCAAGAAUAUCUUUCCAUCUAAGAAAAUAUCCUUUUAAGAAUUAGUAUUCUUUUUAGGUAGUUAUGGAAUUGAGUUAUCAGCAUAAGAACAGUAGUUUUUGAAGGAAUCACUUAUUUCAGAUGAUAAUUCACAAUAUGUUUAUAUAAAAGACUUCUUAGAAUUUAUGAAUCUGAAAGAUAACUACUAUAAUUAGAUAGAAAAGUAGUAAAACUCUUAAAAGAAUAAAGUCUUACCAUUCCCACCACCUCCCAAUUUAUAUUACUAAAAUUAAAAUAUAAAUGGUAACAUAUAAAUAAUAAAUUUUCCAAUGAUAAUAAAUAAUAAAAUAAAUCACAAUAAUCAUCAAUAAAAUAAUAAAAAUAAUUAGAGAAUAUUUUAAAACAAUUAAAAUAUUAAUACGAAUUUUUAUUAUCCGCCUUCGAUACCAUUUUAUUAAUAAAAUUAAAUAAUUCCAAAUAAUUAGGUACCUUAAUUUCAUUAAAAUGUGAAUAUCUAGAAUAACAAUAAUAAUAAAAUCAUUGAAGAUAAAAAAAAUAUUAAAAAUAACAAUAAUAUGAAUAAUAAUAACAUUAAAGAUUAAGUUUAAGUAGUAAACAAUAAUUGGUAAUAAAAUAAUUUACAGAUUAAUUAAAUCUAAAAUAAUAACCAAUAAAAUUAUAUGUUGAACAGUUAGUGUGAAGAUUAUUUUGAAAUUUUAGAUGAAUAAAUUGAAGGGAUUGAGGAGUUUUAUACAAAAUUUUAUGAUUGCUAAAUAAACGAUAAAGAAUUUAUUGAUUCAUCUUUCCCUCCUUCAUAAGAUUCUAUAGUUAAGGAUUAAAGUAGCAAACGUUAUUAUGAGUGGAGAAAUUUAGGAUGGUAUAGACCAGUAGGAUUUUUUAAUGGUUAACCAUAUAGUAUGUUUGAGAAAUUUAAAUCUGUCAGUUAAAGUAGAGUAGGCUUAGGGAAACUUAUUUCUCCAAACGAUAUACAAUAAGGUAUGCUAGGAGAUUGCUAUUUUCUCUCUGCUUUGUCUUGUUUAGCUUAAGAACCUCAUAGAAUACUAAACUUAUUUAUUACGAGAAAAACUAAUAAAUAUGGUAUUUAUUGUGUGAAAAUUUGUCAUGAUGGUGCUUGGAAAGCUGUCUACGUAGAUGAUCACAUCCCAUGUAUCCAUAAAAAACCUGCUUUCACUAAAGCAAAUGGAAAUGAAUUAUGGGUUCUGCUCAUUGAAAAAGCUUGGGCAAAAUUAUUUAACAGUUAUGCAAAAAUUGAAAGUGGAUAUUGUCAUGAAGCAAUGAGGGAUCUUACUGGUGCUCCUACUGCUAAUUUUUUAACAUAUGAAGAUGUUUAAGUUAAUGGAAAUACAAUUUAAUAAAUGAAUCAAAGUCUGUUGCCAAUAUUGAUGGAUGCUCUUUCAGAGUAGAACAGAUUUUUAAUUACAGCUGCUAAUGAUAACUCUGAUCUUUCAAAAUCAUAAGCAGACAGAUUAGGUCUAGUAACUUCUCAUGCUUACAGCUUAAUAGGCUUUAAAGAAAUCAAUCACCACAUUCUUGGUAAAGUUAUGCUCGUAAGACUAAGGAAUCCCUGGGGUAAAAAAGAAUGGAAAGGAGAUUGGUCUGAUGAAAGCUAGCUUUGGACUCCAGAGCUUAGAGAAAAAUUGAGAGUUACAAAAAAAUAGGAUGGAAUAUUUUAUAUGAGUUUAGAAGAUUUCUAUAAAUAUUUUAACUAAAUUACAAUUUGCUAUUACCAUGAUUUUUUUAAAUACUCAAGCAUUAAAGUUUUAGAGUCAGAUGGAAAGCAUUCACAAUACUUUACACUAUAAGUUAAAACAAAAGGAACAUAUUACAUUUCUAUUGUAUAGCCAUCAAAAAGAAACUUUGAUAAAGACAUUUACUAUGAAACAGGAAUUUCAAGAAUUUUUGUUAUGUAAUUACUAGAUCAAGAGGGAGCAUCUAAUAUAAAAUAUAUUGGUUCAUAAUAAAAGAAAAGUAGAGAAAUUUUUAUUGAAUGUAAUCUAGAACCUGGAUCAUAUUUAAUAUAAGCUAAAGUAAAAUGGGAAUUACCUACAUUCACAUCAUAUGUAGUUAGCUCUUACGGUAUUGACACAACUGAAAUAUAACCUACUUAAAAGAAAUAAAUUCCUAAUUAAUUUUUGGAAGAAUGCUUCAAAACUCAUGCUAGAAAAAACAGUAACUUAAAAUUAAAAGGAUAAGUCAUGUUUUGCAAACAUAUUGAUCACAAGUAAGGCUAUGGAUACUUUUAUAUUCAGAAUAUUUCCAAUAGUACAUAUUCUAUAGAUAUGCAUUUUUAGCAGUAUACAGGUUUAAAAUUUAAGAAACCUCAAAGAGUUCCCAAUAUUUCGCUUGUUGCAGUACCUCAAACAGAAAUUAUUGCUUUAUUUACAGUUAGUUGUUUUGGCUACUAAAUGUAGUAUUAAGAAUAUUAUAAAUAAAAUUGA